CACAUCGUUAUCAGAUAGGUUGAAUCACCUACAAGUUUUUUUCAUUACAGUUUAUAGUUUGGAUGAUAAACGUUUAUUUUUUGUUUCUCUUGUUUUCUUUUAUCAAAAUUAAUUAAAAAUGAAGUCAAUGGAAUCGGAUGUAGACCGACAGCACUAUCCAUCAACAGCUCCUCCGCCAUAUCCAGGACCACCAGAAAAUCCCAACCAACCAUAUCCACCCCACUUUCCUGGAACAGGAUACCCGACAUACUCUACGUAUCCUAAUAAUCCUUCCGUAACAGUAGUCCAAGGAGCAGCUGUACAAGUGGUUCCAGGUGCACGGCAUGUUGUGAUUACAAACACCAUGAGCCCGAAGCCUGCUACAUACACCUGUCCAUCCUGUCACCAGCAAAUUAUCACCAGGGUUGAAUCUAAUCCUACCAUUAGGACUCAUCUUCUUGCCGUAUUGCUAUGUUUAAUCGGUUGCUGGCCGUGUGUAUGUGUCCCAUACUGCACAGAUUCUUGCAGUAACUCAGACCACUACUGCCCUAAUUGUUCUGCGUACAUCGGUUCGUAUGUAGGUUAAAUUAAGAAAUGACCUUAAAGAAGACAAAAAUUGUGGAAUUGUAUUAGUUAAUUACUUUUAUAUAUUCUAUUAUUUCAUUUGUCAGACGAUUAUUGUGGUUCUCUUUUCAUAUUCUAUUUGACAAACUUACGUCAAAUGUAGAUAAUGUUACAAGUUUGAUAUAUUAUAUAAAAGUAUUUUAUAGUUAAGAUAAAAUUAUUUUGAAUACAAUUAUUAUUGUUAUAAUAUAAGAAAUUAAAAACUUUGUAUAUAUUUUUUAUAAGGUAUAUAUAAUAAUAAAAAAAUGUUUACGAUC